AUUCGAGUCUUCAAUUCGUACCUUCUCUUGAGCUGACGAUCUUGCCGCCUUGUGCUUUCUUUUUGAACUUGUCAAGUUGCUUCUUCUGCGCGGUGGCGUUGCGAUUGCUCAUUCGAUAAGACGAUAGGGUCCUUAUCAGUGAAUUAUCACCAAUCGUGACUGCCCAUUUAUUCAGUCCGGAGUAAUUUCUCAAUCUCCGCGGAAGUUACUGCAGCGUGCAUAUACGGUACCGGGCCUUUAUCGGACUCGAUUUCAUAUAUCUGAGCACUCAGAGCCGAGUCAUAUUAUCCUGUGGUCUCCCUCUGCUCUUCCUGUCGCUGCAACAGCAUCUAUACCCGCUGCCUCGAAACGCCACUAUCUGGAGGGGUAAACCCGCACUUUGCGGCACGACACGACUACAAUGAAGGACGCCUCCAAUGGAUUUGGCCCAGCGCCAUUGAUGACAGCGUGGAAUGCUGAGUCGCAAAUACAUUUGAUCGUCGGAGCCAAUCCUGUGGCGGCUGCUCGAUGCGCCAAAAGUCUUGAAGCUGGCGCGAAGCCUAUUAUCAUUGCGCCGGAGACGGCCGAUGUGCAUUUCACUCUUUCAGAGCAUAUUUCCAGUGGCUCGGCACAAUGGGUGCGUCGCGAAUUUCAAGACAAUGAUUUGACUACUUUGGGUCGAGAGGAGGUGGAUCGUGUGGUGGACACCGUCUUUGUCACAUUGGGUGGCAGUGAGCCAUUGAGUGCACAUAUCUCGAAGCUCUGCCGGCGUUUGCGAAUCCCCGUCAAUGUGACUGAUGCCCCGGAGCUGUGUUCGUUCACGCUACUCUCUACCUACUCCGACGGCCCUCUGCAUAUUGGAAUUACAACCUCCGGCCGGGGCUGCAAACUUGCGUCUCGUCUGCGCCGAGAGAUCGCUGCUUUCCUCCCAGCCAACCUGGGAUUGGCAAUUGAUCGACUUGGUAGUGUGCGCCGGAGGCUCUGGGAAGAGGAUAAUGACGCCGGACUCGGCGAAUCGAAUAUGGACGGCGAGGAUGAUGAUGCCUCGGGUCAGAGGCACACAUUCAACACGCUUGUCACUGAAAAUGAUGCCUCCGCGGCAAAGACCAGGCGCAUGCGUUGGUUGUCACAAAUUUGCGAAUACUGGCCUCUUCGAAAACUUGUUUCGAUUACGGAUGAGGACAUUGAUGCUAUUCUCAAAGCGUACUCCUCUAACAAAGAGGCCGAACCGGAGACCAACGGUGUCAAUGGUGUCAACGGUGUAUCAAAGAAGGGGAAGAUUAUCUUGGCUGGCUCUGGACCUGGACACCCAGACAUGCUUACUCGCGCCACAUACAAUGCCAUCCAGACUGCCGACAUCAUUCUGGCCGAUAAGCUCGUCCCGGCGCCAGUUCUGGAGCUUAUCCCUCGCAGGACAGAAGUUCACAUUGCACGCAAGUUCCCCGGCAAUGCCGAUCAAGCACAGGAAGAGUUCUUGCAAAUGGGUCUCGCAGCUCUGCGUAAAGGACAGUCAGUUCUCCGCUUGAAACAAGGAGAUCCAUAUCUCUAUGGUCGCGGUGCCGAGGAGUUUGAGUUUUUCCGGGACGAAGGCUAUACUCCCGUUGUGCUCCCGGGCAUUACUAGCGCCAUGAGUGCGUCUCUCUUCGCCGAUAUUCCGGCCACCCACCGUGGUGUGUCCGACCAGGUACUGGUCUGCACGGGAACUGGCCGUAAGGGUGCUGCUCCGGUGCCUCCAGCAUACGUGCCUACCCAGACUGUUGUGUUCCUUAUGGCUCUCCACCGACUCUCUGCGCUUAUUGAGUCUCUUACCACAUACUCGGCCGAAGACUCGACCCGCACACGCACCCUUUGGCCGAAGGAGACUCCCUGUGCGAUCGUGGAGCGUGCCUCAUGCCCCGACCAGCGUGUUGUCCGUUCAACGCUGGAGCACAUCUGUCUUGCAUUUGAAGAAGCCGGCUCUCGGCCACCAGGCUUGCUUGUUGUCGGCGCCAGCUGCCAUGUCCUGCAUCGCCCUGCGCAGGGUCAGAAGUGGGUUAUCGAGGAGGGAUUCCACGGUCUUGAUGGAUUGCACAGGGAGCUUGAUGCUCCGAUCUCCCUGAUUGAAGAGAAAUAAUUGGAAACGUUGCAUAUACAAGGUGGGCGGAGCGAUGGAGUUAUGAAGAAUUGUACAUAGACAGGAUCCAGAUACCCACAUGAGCAUUUGAAGGCUUGGAUAAAACCAUAAUCAUUUAUCAUUUUGAGAUAUAGAACGUUGCUUGCAUUCAUCUCAAUUUUCAUUCGACAGUUUAGC